CGCGGUAUUUUUCGACCAUGCACACCUGGCCACACUCCCACGCAAAACAAAAUAUUUUUUAGUACAGAUUCCAUAAGUUUAGAUUAAUUUUCCGCGAAAAUGAGCAUGGAAAUGAGCAAUAUCAACGGCGGAAACGGCACCAAAGCGUCCCACGACAAGCGCGAGUUGCUGUGCCUGCUGAAGCUGAUCAAGAAGUACCAGCUGAAGAGCACGGAGGAGCUGCUCUGCCAGGAGGCGAAUGUGAGCAGUGCCGAUUUGUCGGAGAUUAGCGAAAGUGAUGUCCAGCAGGUGCUGGGUGCGGCUCUGGGCCUCGGCGAUGACAGCCGGGAGCGGAAGCAUGUCCCCUCGACGGCCAGCCAGGAUCACAAGCCAUCCGCGGUGACGGAGGCCAAUGCGGCGGAGGCGCUGGCCAAGUUCAUCGGCGACGACAGCUUCGAUGCCCAGCACUACGAACAGGCCUACAAGGAGCUGCGCACCUUCGUGGAGGACUCCCUGGACAUAUACAAGCACGAGCUCUCCAUGGUGCUCUAUCCCAUUCUGGUGCAGAUCUACUUCAAGAUCCUGGCCAGUGGACUGCGGGAAAGGGCCAAGGACUUCAUUGAGAAGUACAAGUGCGAUCUCGACGGCUACUACAUAGAGGGCCUGUUCAACCUGCUGCUGCUGUCCAAGCCGGAGGAGCUGCUCGAGAACGACCUGGUGGCCGCCAUGGAGCAGGACAAGUUCGUGAUCCGCAUGUCCAGGGACUCGCACUCGCUGUUCAAGCGGCACAUCCAGGAUCGCCGCCAGGAGGUGGUGGCGGACAUUGUGUCCAAGUACCUGCACUUCGACACCUACGAGGGCAUGGCGCGCAACAAGCUGCAGUGCGUCGCGACCGCGGGCUCGCACAUCGGCGAGGCCAAGCGGCAGGACAACAAGAUGCGGGUGUACUACGGACUGCUCAAGGAGGUGGACUUCCAGACCCUGACCACGCCUGCGCCGGCGCCGGAGGAGGAGGACGACGAUCCGGAUGCCCCUGAUCGGCCCAAGAAGAAAAAGCCCAAAAAGGAUCCGCUGCUGUCGAAGAAGUCCAAGUCGGAUCCGAAUGCCCCCUCCAUCGAUAGGAUUCCCCUGCCCGAGCUGAAGGAUUCGGACAAGUUGCUCAAGCUCAAGGCGCUCAGAGAGGCCAGCAAGCGUCUGGCGCUGAGCAAGGAUCAACUGCCCUCCGCCGUCUUCUAUACGGUGCUCAACUCUCACCAGGGCGUCACCUGCGCCGAGAUCUCAGACGACUCCACGAUGCUGGCCUGCGGAUUCGGCGACUCCAGCGUGCGGAUUUGGUCCCUGACGCCGGCCAAGCUGCGUGCGCUCAAGGAUGCGGAUGCCCUGCGGGAACUGGACAAGGAGUCGGCGGACAUCAAUGUGCGCAUGCUGGACGACCGGAGCGGGGAGGUGACCAGAAGCUUUCUGGGCCACACCGGACCCGUCUACCGCUGUGCCUUUGCUCCCGAGAUGAACCUGCUGCUCUCGUGCUCCGAGGACAGUACCAUAAGACUGUGGUCCCUGCUGACCUGGUCCUGUGUGGUCACCUACCGCGGGCACGUCUAUCCCGUGUGGGAUGUGCGCUUUGCGCCGCACGGCUACUACUUUGUCUCGUGCUCCUACGACAAAACCGCUCGGCUGUGGGCCACGGACUCGAAUCAAGCGCUGCGCGUCUUCGUGGGCCACCUGUCGGACGUGGACUGCGUGCAGUUUCACCCCAAUUCCAACUACGUGGCCACGGGCUCCAGCGAUCGCACGGUGCGCCUGUGGGACAACAUGACGGGCCAGUCGGUGCGCCUGAUGACGGGCCACAAGGGCUCGGUGAGUUCGCUCGCCUUCUCCGCCUGCGGACGGUACCUGGCCUCCGGAUCGGUGGACCACAACAUCAUCAUCUGGGACCUUUCGAGCGGAGCGCUGGUCACCACCCUGCUGCGGCACACGAGUACCGUGACCACGAUUACGUUCAGUCGCGAUGGCACCGUCCUGGCGGCAGCCGGUUUGGACAACAACCUGACCCUCUGGGACUUCCACAAGGUCACCGAGGACUACAUCAGCAAUCACAUUACCGUGUCGCACCACCAGGACGAGAACGACGAGGAUGUUUAUCUGAUGCGCACCUUUCCCAGCAAGAACUCGCCGUUUGUCACCCUGCACUUCACGCGUCGCAAUCUCCUCAUGUGCGUGGGCCUGUUCAAGAGCUAGGAUCGCAGCUUAGAUUAUUCGGUAUACGUAAAGUAGUCUUAAGGAAUGCUUAGGCUUAAAGUUUUGUAAUCCCCUUGUGUGCCCUUCCCUGAAAUGUCUUUUAGUUUUUUGUAAGCAUAAAAGUGUAAAGUGCAGAUAUGCACAAAUUAUCAAUAAAUUUUAAUCAAG